AUGGGCGUGGCGGGGAGCAUCUGGGCUGGACUAUUGCUACAAGCCGGGUGGGUUGCCCUGGCUGAUCUGCUCUGCCUGACAGAUGGAAUAGCCAGAGAUAGCAGGAGAUUCAUACCGGAUCCUGACAAUACAUCCCACCUGGGAGCUGAGACUCCAAUUCGCCUGGUGCUGUUCGACUGGCCAAGCGCCGCGGUCGCCUCCACUCUUGCUGCAAUUUUCAUUCGCGCGCUGGGUCAUGUGGCCAUGGACUGCUGGAUGUCGGAGAUCCUGUUUAACUUCGAACAGUUUGUUCUGGCCAACCCUGAUGUGGCGCCCAUCGAUCUUGGCUCCAUUGGAUACUCGGGCGAGAACGCCCUGGCUGUGAGAGGAUCCGUUCGCGAGGCUGCCUAUGCUUCUUCUGGCCUCGCUCUUGAGUUCUACAGAAGCUACAACGUCUCCGCGCACGACGCGGCAGCAUAUUUCGAUCGCAUUUCGGACCUGAAGCUGAGCCACUUCCACCCAUGCAACACAAGUUCCAACGAGUUUGCCAACGAUGUCGAGAUGCGGCUUUAUGGAAAGUGGACUGGUGACUGGGCUGGGGUGGUGGAAACGGACAGUGGGUACAUUGCGAACUGUCCCGACGGCCACUUUUGGAUUUCACCCGCCUGCCGCCACAACACAUCUGAGUGCAUUCCAGUGCUCGCCGCUGGUAACGGAUGGAUUGUGUAUGUGUUCAUGCAGUGGUCCACCUUCUAUCAGAUCCCGGCGGCCAUCGGCAUCUCGAAAACCUGGGAUACGUUCACAGCCAACGUGGCGGCGUUCCGGGUGCUUUUCCACUGGUGGAUACCGGAUGCCACCUUCCAUCACCUGGAUGCCUCCAUGCUGCAGCUGCCGCGCCACAAAGCCCAAGAAUGGGCUGUGGGAAACUACAGAAGUGCCGACCCCCAGAGCUACAUCGCCAAGCUCGUGGCUCACUCGCUGGGGAGCGUGGCCCCAAAAGUACAGGAGUUCCUGGAGAAUUUCGACCUAGACCUGGAGGUAGCGGCUGCUGUACCUGUUGAAGACGUGGCCUGCGAGUGGAUUCGUAAGAACCGGGCUCGGUGGAAGAAGUGGGUGCCAGUAGACACUCAGUGCUUCGGCUGUGUAGGUGUGUAA